CCGAUCGCCUUUUGUUGGCAGGUUGUACGCGCUGUUGCUAUAUUUCCUUUUCCGUUCUGCCCCUCCCUGCCCCGCUUCCGCUCGUGCAGCAGAUCGUGAGUACCCUUGACAUGCCGACCACGACAAGUAGUUCUGCCGCCUUGGGACCCGGCUAUCGCGCAGACGAGCCGCUCGAGAGGGUCCGGAUCAUGAUGUUACGAAAGAACAAUUGGCGGAUGCGAGACUCCCCAUCCCGUUGGCCGAAUGUCGCUCCGAUGACGUAGUCAAUCAGCAUGACGGCGACAGAAAGUAUUCGGAUUUCCUUCGGCCCUUCCCGCUUCUCCCCUCCAUUGCUUGCCGCUCUGCAAUAGCUAUAGCUAUUUAAUUCUCCCGGCGGCACCUCACAAGGAUGUCUCGAAUCCCCCGCCUUGCAUUUUCGACCCGAAUUGCGCCUCGAGCAAUUGUGCCCGUCGCAUCGUCCUUUGUCCGACCGUCCGUAGGGCAUACAGCUGCGCGUUACUUCCAUCCUACCGCAAUGGCGAGCUACCCAAUUGCAACAUUGGAUGCUUCCCUCGUCCCCCGCCUCCCCCCAUCCUCUCCCACACUCUUUGAGGCCAAGAAGAAGAAGAACCUUAGCUUCGAAGCCAUUGCAAAGGAAGUGGGCCGCGAGGAGGUAGCAAUUGCUGCUAUGUUCUACGGCCAGGCGCAAGCUUCGCCGGAAGACAUCGAGAAGCUUUCCCAGGUGUUGGAUAUUCCCGUAGAGACGCUUGAGUCGCAACUCUCAGGAUACCCCGACCGAGGACGCACCAUGGACAUGCCGCCCAAGGAGCCUUUGAUCUACCGCCUCUAUGAAAUCGUGCAGAACUACGGAUACGCGUACAAGGCAGUGCUAAAUGAGAAGUUUGGUGAUGGCAUUAUGAGCGCUAUCAGUUUCUCUACGAAGGUGGAGAAGGAGACGGAUGAGAAGGGAGAUUGGGCCGUCAUUACAUUGAGGGGGAAGUGGCUGCCGUAUUCUCGGUUCUAAACUAUCGGAGUAUCGUGCGGCGGCCUAUCGCUGUAGGAGAUCGCAGACAGUAGCGUAUGAAUAGGAACUUGAAAUAAGUGGUACAAAUAUGGACACCGUCAAUGAAGAUCGGUUCUACCUAAGGAGAACGACUCUGAAAACAUGGUGAUAGUAUAAACUUCUUGAUUGAGGGAGGCAAGUCUACGAGCGGAAGCGAUUCGGGUCUUUACCUACCAAAGGCCUUCACAAGUGGUUGCCCACAGUUGACAAACGAGACAUACUGGUAUGUGUAAGGCGAGUCAUAUACCAUGUGUAGCUGAAGAGGAGUGAAUGGGCUGCGAUGUACUUCACGUGAGUGGCUCUGUAAGUGACACCUGCCCCAGCUCCUUCACCGACAUCGCCGUUUUGCCCCGCCCGGCUUCCAGCUUCUCAC